AUGGUAAAAUACAUAUUAUUGUCGUUUAUUUAUACGGUGGUAUUUGGUAACAGUAUUUUCGGCAGUCGGCCUUGCAAAGUUAUCGGGGUAGUAUAAUGUUUAAAUAAAAAUAUCCGAACACAUAAUAUAUUCUAAACAUACUUUCGUAAUAUUUUGAACAGGUUCUUUUUCAUAACACAUUCGAGUGAACCGUAUCGCAUAAUUACUUUACCCUAUAGGAAAAUAUUGUGUAUAAAAAAAAAAAAAAACGAUUUAAAAAUAAUUAUAAUUAAUACAUUUUAUACUAGUCUGACGGCGUUCCGAUUUUCGUUAAAUUCGUCCGAAGACGACGCGUAAUAAUUUCCAAAAAUAACACGCACGAGCAGGCGUUUUAAAAUUAUCUUUUAUACCUUUUUUUUUUUUUAUAUUUUUAUAUCUUUUAUAUUAUAUUUUACAAGUCGGAAGAUGUGUAUUUUGAACUUUUUUGCGUUCGUUCGUCUAUCGUGCUCGUUAUUUCCAUCCUAAGAACAUUGAGCACAUGAAAUUGGACAAAGUGAAGACGAUUGUAUUCAGAUUAGUACUUGUUCGUAAGUUGUUUUAAACAGAAUUUUUAACAAACCCCUGGUUUUCGCCUAUAUAAAUAUCAGAAAACCACGUUGUAUUGCCUUUAUCUAACAUCAUAAAAAAUAAAAUGAUCGAUAUAAAAUCCAUAGCACACGCUUAAAACAAAUAUAUAUAACGCAUAAUAAUUAUAUUGAUAACCGGUUAACUCAACGAAAUUCACGGUGAUAUCAGUAACAAUUUACCGGUUUAGAAUAUUAUUUUCAAUUUUUUUUCUCGUUAUCGUACAAAGAGUACACGAUUUUUUAAUAAUUUUCGAUUAUCGAAAAUCGAUUUUUUUUUUUUUUUAUGCAUUUGGGUAAUUUAAUUCGGUGUCCGAUAUACAAUGGAAAUUCCAUAAUGGGCGACAUUUUUCGGGGUGGGUUCGCGUUUUACAAAAUUUGACUUGGAAUGAUCAUUUCCGUUUCAUGCAGCGCAACUUUCGUCUUCGAUGGCCUUUGUUUCAUUUGUAUUCGACAACCGACAAACUUUUUUUUUUUCCGGAACACCGUUCCACAAAGAUUGUGUUUGUAAUGUUCAACAGAUUUCAUUUAACUAUAUUUUAGAUGGGUCAGUACGGACGUACGCGUGUUAUACCCAAACACUAAUUGAUAUUGAUAAUUUUUUCUAAAAACGAAAAGUUAAUUCCGUAUAAUCGAGUUUAUGAAUUUUGACUAACAAUUUUGCGAGAAACGGUCCGCAACAGUUAUCGGAACACUGGACCAAUUAUAAUCGUUCGAUCCACAAUUUUAUAUGGUAUAGUUUUUUUAGUAUUUUUUUUUUUGUUCCACGCUGCAGUCGUCUCGAGAAACGUGUUAAAACCGUUAUUGUAGAGAUUCGGGGGAACGUGCAUAGAAAACUUGUCACGUGCACAAACUAAAAAAAAAAAGUUGAUAUCGCUCACACGUAGGUCACUGUUGUACGUGGGUAUUUAGUCGGAAAGGUAUAGUGUAUAAUAAUUUAUACUAUAUAUAUAUUAUGUAUAGGCAUUGGUUUACAUUAUAAAGUAAUUUAAUUUCUAUAGUUAGGCUCUGUGUACAACGAUAGAUAAAAAAACCCUAUUGUGAGCGGAGUAGUAUUUAAUCGUGUUUUUUAGUAACCUCAGAACGAAACAAAAAUACCGUGAGGGCGAUUUGUGGAAAAAGUCGAUACAUUUUUCAAAUAAAGUAUCGCACAUCUUGUGCGAACAUGAAAAUAAAUCAGAUUUUUUUUACUAACCAUUAAAGUGAUUUCAUAGUGUAAAAAAAAAAAAAAACAAAUUUAUGAAAAAUUAAAAGCUUUUUCGUUAUGUGAUUUUCAAAAUGUUUUGCUCUUUUCGAGUGGUUCGGACUCGUUAAAGAUAGUUCGUAAAAUAAGUAUUUCGCGUGCGAAAUACGAAUAGUUAGUACCUAGUAAAAUUGUUAACACUAAUUCGAUUACUUAAAACGCCGGGCAUAUAGUUUACGAGAUUUGUUUCACAAAUAGCGUAGCGCCGGAUGAAAAACCGGCAUUUUUUAACGUAUACGGUGUGAAUGACCCGAACCAUUAUUACUAGCUGAAAAAGCAUAAAUCUUGGUAAAACUUGAAUAAUAUAACUUCUUUGAUAUACUUGGAAUUUAAAAGUAUUCGAAUAUCAUUUAUUGUACUCAAUUAAUUUUCCUCAAAUACUCAACAAUAGUGUUUCGAGUAAUAAUUAUAAUAACGACAAUAUAGACUUAUACAGUACCUAUGUUAUUUUAACCAGUUGGGUAUUUAAGGUGGGGGAGAUUAGGAAGACAUAUUUUCGGUCUAUUUUAAUAGGCCCUACGAUUAACUGUUUUUAAAUUCAAAUUUCUUCACUCUUCAUUCAGAAAAAUAAAAUUUCGUUAGCGUCUAGUUAUUUUAUUAAAAAGACCAGAACGCGAACACAUUUUCUUAUAUAAAACGAAAGCUAUCCGAACCAUUAUGAUACGACGGCGUUUAGGUUAGCCAUAAGUACUUAAAUAGCAAUUAAACUAUUAAUGUAAUUAUUAAUAAAACUUAUAGUUAUUCGAUUCCAAUUAUAAUGUUAGGGCCGAUUUAAUUAUAAAUUACUUACAAAAAUGUUUUUCAAAAAAAAACAACCUGUGGGUAGCAAAACUCCGUCACUAGAAUUAAAACGACUUGUCCCUGUUGCGAUGAUUCUUUAUUUUUUUUUUCACAAAAUUCAUCUAAAAUAGUUAUAGUUGUCAGACUUUUAUUAAAUUUUAAAUCCUUGAUACUCAUACCAUCAUGCGCAUAUAAAAUCGCACCCACUUGGUUUCUUUUGGUAUGUACAAAACUAAAAAACACCCCGCUACUUCUGCAAAAACAUGACGAAAUUCAACCAAAAUGUUAACGCUUAAAUCUGCCUAUAAAACAACUCUAAUUACCGAGUUUUCAGCUCAUACGGUUUAGAGGGUGCCAUGAAAAGUUUCCGAAAGUUAAGGGGAAAGCAUAUGUAUGCAUACCACUAUAUUGGUAUAUUAUGCAUAGGGCUCGGAUUUAUAUGCUCUAAAAACAUAAGAAAUAUGUAUUUAUGCUCUUAUAUUGUUGAAGUAUACCAUUUAAAAUAAAAUAUAUGCACAAAAAAUAGAUUUUCAGGGAAAAAAAAUGUUUUUUAAUAUUUAUUAUUUCUAUCUUUGUUUUUAAAGUAGGUACAAAUAAUUGAUUUGUAAUGGUAUUUUCGAAAUUGAUCAAUCUGAAAAGCAAUACGUAAAAUGUUUUUUUUUUCAAAUAAAAAAUAUGCACACAACAAAUAUGAUUUAAAAAAAAAGUUAUUUUAUUUUUACUAUUUCUAUUAUUAUUUUUAAACUAAUAUAACUAUAACCAAAAUAUUGCAUAUUAUUAUGCAUUUAAAAACUAUUUUUAUGCAAUGAAAAAUCGUAACAUAUAGGAAUAUGCACUAUGUGUCAAAGAAAAAUAAAAUAUGCAAAAAUAUGCAAAAUAAAACAUUGUAUUUCAGUUCCAUUGACUAUAGUUCAAACUUGUAGCGUAUCCAGCUACUUUCUGGAUCGUCUAAAAAAAAAACAUGCUAAUGCUUGUAUGCAUCCGGGCCUGCAACAGGCACAAUAUACAAUGCAAAAGUCUUCUAUUUUCAGGGAAAAUUCGAGAAUUGAUAAUUAAUAAUCGAUUUUUCUUUUGCUUUUAGCCUAGGUACAUGUUAUACAUUAUGCGACACAAUUUCCAAAUUCAGUGUAUCUCUUUGGCAAAAUCUUGAUAGAUACACCUCCGAUUUUCGAGGUUUUUUUUUUUUUUGCUUUCGAUUUUCGCGAAUUUCCCCGUUCAUUAUUACCUACUUCGUAGACGCGCCGUUAUCGGCCAUCAUCGCCGCCGACACGAUUUUCACAGACUACCUAUACAUUUUUUUUAUAAUCACUUUUAAUGACGAUCUUAUAUAGGCACCUGCGAAUUAUUAUUACACAGCUAGUGGGCCACAUCGACGUAGUUGACAGCCGACGAACAAUCGAUACGGUUACCUCAUCAGGAAAAAAAAAAUCACCUAAAUACGAGCCUUACAUAAUUAGGUAUUAUAGGUAUUUUAUUUUCGUAUCGUUAUGGAACGUGUUUGAUUUAUAUAAAUUUUUGCAAACGACAUUGGCUGCGAUUGUUCGACGACGGUGGACGUCGUCAUCGUUUUCUCGCAGCAGCCCCCUCCCCCCCGCCAAAAAAAAAAAAACAAAACCAAAACAAAACAAAACACUUUACUGCCGCCCGAAAACCUACGCGCGCCGAUGUUUAGUCCUUAUAAUAAUAUAAUAUUGUGUAUUGUCACACGGACGGACAGACAGACGGACAGCGACAGUUAGACAGACAACACUAAUAAUAAUUCCGGUUUUAAUCAUACUAGUCGCAGUUUUGGUUCUCGUUCUGCACCGGAACACACCGGUGUAGUGUAUUAUUACAUAGUUAACCGUGACUAUAAAUAAUAUAGGUGCCUACGAGCAAAACUCGAAAUCGAUUAUUAUAAUAUCGCAGUGCCAUUCACGUCGUUUUUUUUCAUAACAUCAUCGUCUUUAUGUUUCGAAUAUGACGAUAGUAUAAUGAUAACGGUAAUAGAGGUAUGUUAAACGUGUGAUUUUUUUUUUGAAAUCGUCAAUAAUAUUAUAUUAUUGUACUACCCGGUGUCGUGUUGUCACGUCACCGCGUUUUCGGUUCAACGAGGAUUCAAAUUGAUAGCGGGUAACUGCAACUGCCUACGUGAUGAAUGGUAUUUAUUGUCGCGAUUCGUCAACGGUACGCGAGCGAAAAUUUUCAUUUUUGCACAUUGCGCGUGAUGAUUGCGUCCAUCGAGAUACGUCGAGACGAUUUCGGAACAUAUUGAAAUUAGGCUUAUGCUGUGUUGCAACAGUGAUGUGAGAUACAUCGAUCCGAACGCCGGGUCGGGACCCUGACCACACAUGAUCGGAUAAAUAUUUCUUUUUAAUUCCCCGUUAACGUUAAAUAUUAAUCCUUUAAUCGGAUUUUCCGAGUUUAUUUUUUCCGCUGUAAUUAAAAAUGUAAAAAUAUUAUUUUCACAUAGUAUUUCUACUGGUUCAAACAACUUUAAUACCUGCCAAAGAAAAACUAUUAAAAAAAAAAAACUCGCAAGUGUAAAAUACUUAAAAAUGGCUCAAAAAUCGCCAGAAUAAAUGAAUGUACACAAGACACAACUUUUUGUCAUUGUUAAAUUUCACUGAACCAGUAAUUCGGAAACUUAUUGAAAAGAAAUCACAGCGUAACUAAAACGUAUAAACAUCAUAAAAAACAACAUAAAAAUUUUUUUAAGAUUCGUCGACAAUUGUAAUGAUAAUACAAUUAAUAAAUGUUGAUAAACGUGCACGAUACGCGUAAAAAUCGUUUAAAUACUGUACGAAUCAAUAAUAUAAUAGUUAUCGUAUAUAAUUUGAAUUUAUUAAAAUAAUUUAUAACAUUUUUACAAUUCAAAAAAUAUUGUGCGUUUAUGUUAUACAUGCAGAUUUCCAGAUAUUUCUAAUAACAUUAUUGUUUCGCCCGCAGGAAAACUUUUGCCGCGGUCUGUUGAUCGGUUGCAUCCUUGUGGCGAUGGUGCGGUGCGAUUCGGAAGACGCAGUCCGGCAACAGCAAACUGCGGCCGCAGCCUCCCCGAGAUCCGGCGAAUACGAAGACGAUAUCGCCGCCGCCGAAGAUCACGAGUAAGUUUGAACGAUAUAAUUAUUACGGAAAUCGCCGUUCCUCCAGCUAAAAAAGAAAAAAAAAAAUCGAGUUACUCGCCUCGACAUUAAAUACAGGAGGGUCCAUUUAUCACGAACCGGAGAUUUUCCAGGAUUUUAAAUUUUAAUUGGAUUUGAUUCAACAGUAUUUUAAAUUUUAGAUUCUGAGCGGAGCGCGAGGAAUUUAUUUUUUUUACAAUUGAUGUUUAUUAUUUUUUUUAUAUUCUGUGAAUAACUUUUUUACCAGCAAUUUUACUCCGAUUUUCAAGUGUAACGCCUUUUCUAAAAAGAAAUUUGACUGGAAUGGUACUUUAAGGAGGUCAUUUUCUGAUGUUCCAAUAAUAAUUUUUCAUAAUAAAUUGGAAAAAUCGGAAAUAAACAACGUAGGAAAAACGGAAAAAUUUACGAAAUAUAUUAUUUUCAUAUCGUACAUAUGUACGGCCUUCAAAAACAUCUAUAUAACCGAACUACGCUCAGAAUCGUUUUUCGUUAGCAACGAUUAUUCGCUGCGUACAGAUACAAAUUAAAUUUCCGCGCUACCUUGCCAACUUCUCACCAACAACAGAGACCCGCUCAUCGUGCGAAAUAAGUCCGUUUGUUUUUAUCCCUAAUCCUUAAAUACCUUAAACAAAUCGGUGUAAAAGUAAAGCUGAAACGAAAUGAUAAUACACAGGUGGAAAAACAAAAAUCGAAUUUCCUCUGGAAAACCACUGGCCCGUGUUAAAUAGAUCGUCCGGUAUAAUUCAGUUCAAAUAAUUAUGAAAACAAAAUACGCCAAUAUCGCUUUUUUUUUUUUUUCCUCAUAUACUAUAAUAUUCCUAACCAUAACACCACCGUAUCGAUACAAAUACGACCCGUUCUCAUCACGAUAAUACAUCGUCACUUUAAAUUCAACAGCGCGUAUCUCAAAGUUUGAUAAAAUGAAAUUAUUGUCGACAUUAAUAAGACAGUUUUUCCGUACAUUUUUUGUUCCGUAGUUUUUGCCGAAUUUCCCCCGAAAAUGGAUAUGCCAUCACAUUGUGUUGUGCCCCGCUGUGUGUAUACCUUUGCCCCGGUACUUUUCGGACACUUUUAGCCGCUCUCUUUUGACCAAAUGCGCUUUAGAUCCGAAAUUAGAGUUUUUAUAUCGGGUUGAAGUGAUGAUAAUAUUACGUUGUUUAAAUUUCAAUAUGAAUUUCACCAUGUCGUUAACGGGAAACGUGUGUUUUAAGCUUUUAGCAACAAACGAAAGAUCGUAUAACACAUGAUAUGCGUGGUGUAAGUAUCAAGGAUGUGCCUUUUAGGGUUUCAACUUUCAACCCACACCCCAAUCAUUUGUACGUUCAGAUUUCAUGUUUCAGCAGAAAAUAUUGGGUUUUAAUAUCGCUACAGACUGAAAUUUAAUGAAAAUGGCAAUCAUCACUAUAAUAGAUUAAUUAAAAAAAUUAAAAAAGAAAAAAUGGAAUAUGAUAAUACCGACAAGUCGGCUGCGGAAAAAUUAUAUUCUGGAGAUGGAACCCUGCUGCUUACGGGUUUUUUUUUUUUUUUUUGUCCGUUAAAUCAGUUUUGUUGUAAGUUAGUGAAAAGUAUUGCCAGUGACUUGAAAUCCCUUCUAUGAACACUUCUACGAUUCUUGAUCAACGGGUCUAAUGCACCAGUUAGACAAAGUUAUCCACCGAAAAUCGGGUGUCGAGAAGUCAUUAAAAAUGUAAUUUUAUUAUUAACACUUUUAUUUGUUUAUUUUUGUAAAAAAAUCUCUCGGGGAAGUCGAUGGCCCCUAUUGACCGCCCUCAAAUGCGUCACUGAUUAAAUCGGUAACAUAAUGUUUCGCUAAUCGUCCUGUACAACGCGAAAACCUUGAGAUACGCACUGUUGCGGUGUUAGCGACGAUACGCGAAAUUAUCCGACGAAAACCGAGAAAAAAAAAAAAAAAAUCCCGAAAAUGCGCCACGGUUGAAAGAUAAUAUUGUGUGAUGAUUGUGUACGAAUACCAAUGUCUUUUAACGCGGUCGCGGUGUACGCGUAUUGUUCGCUUUUUGUUUUCCGAGCAGACACCACCGGAUCAUCAUCGUGGUGCCCAAAGAAGUGCCGCACCACGUCAAUCACGUGCACACGUACAAGUUGGCCGACAAGGGAAUACCGCUGAUCCACUCCGGUAAGGUGGUGCACGACCACAAGCAUUCCGGCAAGGUGGCGCACGAGCACGGCCACGUGGGCAAAUCGACGCACAACCACAAGCACGCGGGCGCGUACGGUCACAACCACAAGCACAACGGGUACCUGGGGCACAAACACUUCGGCAAGGUGGACGCGCACGGCGGCGGCAAGUACUACCAGUCGCCGCAGUACCAGCAGUCGCCGGUCGAACACCAGACGUUGGUGAGACAAGGACACAAGCUGCAACACAAUCAGCAGGUGCACGCCACCGACUACCUGUCGCACCAACAGGCCGGCGGCUUCGGGCAACUGAAGUCGGCUCGCCGACCCGUCUCCGGUCAGGUGCACUUCGUGCCGUCGUCGCAGCCGCAGGGCCUGGGCUCGUUUAUGCCGUCCGAGAUCCAAACUUUCGUGGACGGCCGACACGGCGGCAUCGUAGGCGGCGCGAUCGUCCAACAGCAGCAGCAGCACCAGUACGUGGCCGCCGAAGAUGACGUCGUCCAGACCGCCGGCGGCCCGCCGGCCGAGUACAACGUUAUACACCUGCGGGUGCCCGACCAGAACGGGCCCAACGUGAUCAAGCACGUGGACAUCGACCUGGCCAACAACGUGGCCAAAUUGCAGACUGCCGACAAGUUUCAACCCAUCCACGCCAACUAUAAUAAGGUUGGUUACACGCGGUUUAGUAAUAAAUUAACGCGCCAAUAAUAAUAACGCGACUUCAAAAAGUUAAGUCAAAUUAAAACAUUUUUUUUUUUUUUUUUUAACUUUUUGACUUCGUUACGUUACUUUUGUCCUAAAAAAUCUAAAAAAUAUAUAAUCGUUAAAUCUUAAUUUUUGAUGGGAGUUUUAGUUUCUUUCCUCAGAAUACUUUUACUGUCUGAAAAUGUAAAUUUCGGACCAAGGACAUUUUGCUUUUAGCCUAUACUGUAUACAAAUAUAAACUCGAUUUUUUUAACGCACAUUUUCAUAAAACGUUCAGUCGCGGACGAAUGAUCGAAUUGAUAGAAAAAAAAAAAAAGAAAAAAAAAAUGUUUUAACAUGGUCGCGUUACUUUUUUUUUAUUAACUUUUAACCGAACGAAUUCGGACUUUGUGUUUUUUGUCGACAUCAAGUAUUAUUUCGAACCGAAAAGCUUUGACGAUUAACAUUUAGCCGUUUGGAUAUUUCUGACCGAAAAAACCGAUGGAAAUAUUUGUCGGUCGUUUUCGUCUCGUUAUAUUGUCGUCUGCUCGUCAUAUGUUUUACUGCACGCGCGAAAAAAAAAAAAAACAAUUCACGAGCGCAGGUUCAAACAGCUACAAUCGGGUUUUCAUUAUUAUUAUUUUCGCAACGAGCGAUAGAAAUCUAGGUUCUUUUAUUUUCGUUGUGCAUUCACAGUUGUGGUUGAUCUACGACAGAACGUUCAGCCAAACACCGACUUGGGCGUUUUUAAUCGCAUACAUAAUGUGCGUGGCGGCGGGCAGUCCUAUCCCGCAAAUCUCUGCGCAUUUUUCCGACCGUGUUUCAUUAUAUUGUGAUUUUCUGACAAAUUUCUAGACAGGUUUCCGGAACAAAACAUCACUAAACAGCUCAAUUACACAACGUAUACGCGAUCAUUGCAAACAAAUGUCUGAAAUUGCAUAAUUAUGCAACUGCAGAUACAUUGUACGCGUUAAAUUCGUAAACAAAUUCUGAAAUUUCGAGGAGAGGAGAUUAGCACCCCGAAAACUCCUAACGCCUCCUGGUCGCCCCGCUACCUAUAUUGGUAACUAAUUUUUUAGCCCGUUUUCUAAACGUAACCAUUAUUUUAUUUCAAAUUUCUAAUUCGUGUCCAUUUUUGAGAAGUAUUCUUUAUACAUUUUUUUUUUUUUUUUUUUUAAAUUUCAUAAUACUUUUAUAAUAAUUAGUUUUAAUAAUUCAUUGGGAUAUUAAAAAUAUCGCAUUUUCACAUUUUUUUCGAAACAUUUUUACAUAUAUUUGUAUUAAUAGUUUUCACAUUUUUCUAACCGCACUACUGAGUGAUUCUUUUAUCAUGAACCACCAAUUUUCUCUGAGAAUUUUCAGUGCAUUUGAUUUCGGAUUUUAUUUAUUUAUUUUUUUAUUAUUAUUUAACCGUUUAAGCUUUAUUUUAACACCAUUUUCAACUAUUUACCCCUACUUCUUAUAUCUUAAAUAAGUAUUUACUUUUGUAUUUUCAAAUAGCCUCCCCUCUGUUUAACGCAGGCUCGAAUAACUCAUCCGCUUUAUUCCUACUCAUCAACCUACUCAUCUGCUCUAAACUUUAAACUUUGAAUUGUUAUAAUUCAUAAACGGUAAAUCUGACACUAGUGUUAUGCAUUUCAAAAUGUUAAGGAAAAUAUUGUCUACUCGAAUCUGUGUUCAAAAAAGGAGAUUCCUAUUUGAAAAACAAAAGCAUAUACUAAUUUAAGGUAUAAUAUAGAGUGGUGAUAAACAUUAAAAAUGUUUUAAAAAUAAAGGUUAAACAAUUCCACAAUGAUUACUGAUAGAGCAUUAAAUUCACUUAAAAUCACCCUGUACACUAAAACCGAAAUGAUUAAGGUUUUUUUAGAAAGAAACAGAUUCAUAAUAUUUUCAUUUUAUACUCAAUGGAUUGCAGUCGUUAUCAACCUUUUUUUUGUGAUGACAUUUAGAUCUAUAAAAAUGACGACACGCUUAAAACAAUUUAUGUAAUUAAAAUGAUAAGCAAAAAAAAAAGAUAAUCAAUCUUGAGAUCCAGCCCUGUUCGAGUAAUGUCGAUUUCCUAGUUUUUCUUAUCAUAUAUGUCAUAUAUUUAUACUUUGAAAACAUACAGUAUAAACCGUAAAUAAACAAUUUUUCGCCGACAUACAUGACAAUAGUACGCGACACACCGGUUGACAAUCACUACAAUAGAAUAUAAAUUGUGUUUUACGAUUCAAAAUAAUGCUUAAGUUUUUUUUAUAACCAUCUCGAAAAAAACGCAAUCAAAAACAGUGCUUGUGCUUAACGCUUGACACGCUAGAAAAAAUAUAUCGAUAUGUUAUUUAAAAUAAAAAAUUAUUAAAUAGGUAGAGAAACGUGCGAUAUUUGCAGUAUAAAACCGCUAAUUCAAAAUAGCGCAGCCAUGUUCUAUGUCUCAACAAUUAUUAGUAAAUACGUAAAUAAUAGACGACAAUAUUAAAUAUAUUAUAAGACUACCGAACGAUUGAAAACGUUACACCUUUUCGCCGACCAAUUGAAAACACUUAAAAUUCACAAUUUACAUUUUCCAAAACGUCUCCUGUUAAAUAUCAGAUAAAAAUCCCUUUACCCACUUCUUAGUAAGCGCUCCGAACUCAACCUGUAAAACAAAUUGCUGCUAUACAAAAUCCUCCUGAAGCCAAUAUGUGUCUACAGAGUUCAAUUAUGGGGCGUGGCAAAAAAAUCGAAUACUUACAGAAUACAAAAGUUAUCGCUACGCUAACACGUCCUUCCUCUACGUAUCGAAUUAUAUGCUACACUCAAACCUAGGAAUACCUCUUAGACCUCUUCACUUGAGAAGCACUCAAAUGUUUGCCCUAAGUACGGUAAACAUAUCUAGAAAUUCUCUGAAAAAGCUUCAGAGGUGUCGGGAUUUGGAUUAAAGUAAAUUUAAAUAGUUAAAAAAAAUGAAAACCUAAUCUUAAUAUCCUAAUAUAAUAUUAUAAGCAUGAAAAGUUAAGUUUUCACGUUUAAAUCAAUGAACAAAUUUUUAUGAAUUUAUCUAUCCCGUAGUAUAGAGAUAGAUGGAAACUUGGAGUAAUACAUAGAAUACUUUUUGUCACGAAAAUAAAACUUGAGGGGAUGAAAGAUUUUUAGGUAUUAUUGGUAUGAAAAUUAUUUUUGUUGAACUGUGAAUUACCUAAGUAACACGGAUGAAUAAUAAAUAAAAAUGGCAUAACUAUAACAACUUAAAAUAAAGUCUAUCUGACUGACUGCCGGUUUAUUGGCUUGUAUUAAGAUGAGCUACCUUGGUAACACGGGUGAGGAAAACAAAAAACUAAGCGCUGUACUGGAUGGGCGAAUGAAAAAUGAAAACGCGUAAAAACGUGAAUCUUUGUAGUUUUUGGUCAAAUAACAACACUACAGUCCUAUUAUGUCCUCGUAAUAUUUUUAAAGUUAUUAAGUGGAUAUUAUAUAGUUUAAUUUCUGUGCUGUGCGGGGAUAUCUAUAGUAACACGAAUGAAAAAAUGAAUGACACACUAGAACACUUUAGUCCGGACUAGCCACUUUUCGCCUAUUUUUUUUUCGUUCAAUAUACUGGUAGGGGCAAAGCAAAAUGGGAACAAAGGUAAAAAGAAUAGCUAAUUGGAACGGUCCAGUCAAUGCCGGGCACGGGAUAGCUAGUAAUAAUAAAAAAAUUAGAAUUCACAAAAAAAAAAAAAUAUCACGUCGAGUGUUACUUCAUUUCAAAUUGCAUGCCAAUACAAAUAGUUAAGGCCGUAAUAUGCUUAUUAUAACCAUAAUUACGUUUUGUACAUAUUCAAAUAAGUUAAUAUAAAAAAAAAAAAAAAGACUUUUAUCCAUACCCUACAAUAAUAAUAUUAGUAUUAUUAUUAUAUGUUAACUAGACCAGUAUCGAAUAUCGUGUUCAAUCGGACGAUUAAAAAUAAUUUGAACUAUCUCUCAACCAACAUUUUGACGCUCGUUUUCAGUUACGUUAUAUUAUUUUAGUCUGUAAUUUGAAAUAUUGGUUAUCUUCCCCAACACUGAUUAUGUCAAAGCCAAUCGGGAAAUGUCACGGGACCGACGUUCCCAUUUUUUUUGCUCGCUGGUUUUAGUAUCGGAUUUACUCACUUGAUCGACUCCUCCGCGUGACUUGUUGGUAAUUUUUUAUUUUUUGGAAAGUUUUCUGUCUUCUUUUUUUUUUUUUUUUCUAAAUGAAUCCGGUUAUUUAUUUAAAUUGUAUUUUUACACAGUCUCGGACACGAGUCCUACCUAACCGCAGGUACUUUUGAGUUGCGUUGUGCACAUUAUGAGUGUAGGUAAUAACGGACAAGUUGAGAAUACAUUUUUUCCAAAUUUUUAUUCGGUCGUACGCAAUAAAUAGAAUUUGUUGUUUUUUUUUUUAAAGUAAAUAUAAUUUUUUUCCUAUUGAGUUUUUUUUUUUUGUUUCCCGGUUGCUUAGUUAAUUUUGUUUUUAUUUCAGCGUACGCCAAAUUCGUUUCGUCCCGAACGUUUUCCAAGUCACUCUACGCACAGCUUUCAGAUAAUGCAUUAGAAAAAAUAAAAUAAAAAAUGCAUUCCCUGUGCGAUGGAAGCGACCGUGUUUUAGCGAACCGCCGAUAUCCACACGAUAGUCCGUCACACACGAUGUUGUUUAUCAGUGCGUCAGUAUACAUUAUGUAGUGUAGUACCAAUAUAUAUUUUCUAGCUGCCUCUUUAGUUUUUUUAAUCAAUUUUUUGUUUUUGUUUUUGUUUUUUUUUUUUUUUUAAUGCAGUAAACAUUAUUUUUUACGUCUUAUUUGUUUGUUGUUGAUGAUUUUUUUCUUCCCCUUCCCCUCCCCCCCCUUGUUAGAUAGCUUAGUCGAUUCGCUUCAACGCGUUUACUACCGCAUGCGUCUAUACUAAUGUGGUUUCGGACGUCCGUAGAUUGAUAAUAAUAAUAAUAAUAUGUCUGAAGUAAUGUCAAGAGUGACGGAUUCUAUAUAUUUUACGUACUAGACGAAUGUGAAUAUAAUUAAACUACAAUACAAACAUGUCAACUCAGGAAGGGAAAAAUUAAAGAAAUGGUGUGCACUGUUGUAUGUAUUUGAGGGGGAGGGUAAUAAGUAAAGAUAUUUAAAAAAUUACGCGUAUUAUUAAUAACCAAUGUUGUAUAAACAUAAGAAUUAAUUGUGGAUAAGAUAAGGUACAUUAAUAGUUAAAUUAUCUAGACAGAGAUAAGUGAUUAACAACUUUUAUACAGAUAAAAAAUAAAUAACCUAUCAUGAAAUCAUGUGCUAAAGGUAUUAAAAGUACUGGUGCCCUUUUGGACGCUGUUGGUAAACAUUUAGUUUUCAAAAAAGUCAUGUCAAUGCUGCUUCAUAGUACAUUAAACUAAAUGUAUUAAACCAUAAGUAUACAUUUAUUAUUCAAUUAUUUAUCUCAGAUAAUGGUCCAGAUAACUUAUUUUUUAUUUAUCGUGAUCAGACAAAAUAUACGAAUAAUACUAUCUAAAUAAUUUAUGUAUAGCUAAAAUAAAACGUUGUAUAAUAACGUGUUCGUUUUUGAAAAAUAGACGAAAAUAUUUUUAUAUCUACUAUAUUAUUUUUAAUACACAUCCUGCAUAUACAUCCUGUAUAUUUAAAAAAAAAAAAAAACAAUUUUUGUUUUUCGUGUAUUUCGUAAUCGACCGAAUUGUGUGUUUUAUUCUAAUUAAUAAAUAUAUAUUGAAUUUAUUUAAUAGUUUGAAAAAAAUAAUUUUGUAUAAUUCAAUAAUAAGUGAAGUGUAUAUUCUUUCUUCGAUUUGAUUUUAAUUAAACAAUUUCUAUUCGUUUUUUUUUCCGAUCGCAAUAUACCUAAAUAAAAAACCUUCAACCUUGAUUAUAUAUUUAAAAACAGAAAAAUCAAACUAUUUUUUUUUUUUUAAGACAACUCACGACUAGAUAGUAUAUAGACUAAACCGAAAAUAUUAUAUUUUCCUAAACGUGUUUGAAAUUCGAAUACUAUAUACAUUAUAAAUACUUGUAGUGUAUACUAUCAAAAAUGGGAGAAACUAUAGAUAUAGUAUAGAUACUUAACAGAUUAUGAUAACUUUUUUUUGUCGGAUUCCUUUUCGUUGCCGGAAGAUUAUUGGUUAUUGUUUGCCUCAUGAAUUGCGUCCUGACGGCAAUAUUUAACCACUACACAAAUUGCGUCCCAAUGUAAAUUAAUCAUUUUCCUUCCCAUUUUAUACAGACUUAAGACGGUUAACAGCAACUUAUCAUUAUUGGUGGGUUAAAAAUAUUGGUUUUAGUCGUUGUUGUUCAAUUAAAAGUUCAAAUCUUUUACCAUGAACAUGUCAUCCACACAGCAGAAUAGUCACCGCAAUAAAGGUUUUUUUUAUGUUAUAGAAAUGUAAUAUACUAAUAUGUUAUCAUUAUAAUAAAAACAAAAUUAAAAGAUUAGUUAAGUUAGUAACCCUAUUAAUAUAAUCCAGACGAGUUAACUGGCUGUUUUCAUAUUUUGUUUCAUAAAAAAAAAAAAAAAAAACUUUUACAUUACCUUCAGUUUGUUUUUAAUUAAGUACAUGGAUAUUGCGUUGUUUAAUACAUAUUAAUUUGUGUACAUUUGUUGACACAUCAAUGAGUUUGAAGAUAUUCGGGUUUGUUGAGUAAAACAUACUGUUAUAUUUGAAGUGGAAGGCUUCUGAAAAUCUCAAUUAUUUGCAGUUCGAGUAGUAAUUGAAUAAAUGCUUACACAGAAGGCGGGAAGUCACAAUUGUUAGGGUUUACGUAUGUAUUUAAUAUAUAAUCUGAAAAUUGUAGAUUAUGUAAAUGAGGUUAAUUUUCUGGCAGUUUUGGAAUUGUAGAUGAUCAGGCGUGAUGUAUAGUAUCACGGAUUAAGGUUAAAAAUCGUAUGCUGUCAAUGUUGUAAAACCGUUUGAUAAUGAGAUCAAUUAAUAAGUUUCAAUGGCUUAUUGUAAAGUUCUUCUACGGCCUUUCGUUUUAAAAUAUUGCUCAGUUUUGGUCUAUUAAAUAGUUCAAUAGAAUUUUUAAUAUAAUUAUGAACAUUUGCACGUUUUAUAGUGGCAUUUUAGAUUCAGAGCGAAGCGAGGAAUAUAUUGGUUUCACAAUGAUGUUUAUUUUUAUUUAUUUAUGCGAACACUUUCUUCCGGAAUUUUAUCUUGUAUGUGUAGUUUAGAGUAAUUAUUUAAAAGCCUUUUUUUUUUAAACUUUCAACUCGAGUUAUUAUAUUCCUCAAAAUUUGUACCUAACUUGUACUAACUUGGUUUUUCGAACUCGUGUUUCUCUAAAAUUCACUUUAUGAUAGAUCACUUAACUUAACAUGUGAUUUGAAAAAAAAAAAAAGCGAGCAAACUCGCCAGGCGUAUAUAAAAUGAUUUAGAAACACCGUGCGCGGAAGCGUAUAGAUGCGGGCAUAUCAUCGUGGGUCCCGAGUUUCUAAAAUAAUUAAGUUUUAAAUAACACGUUUGAAACUAUAUAUUGUGUUGUACGGCCGGGAGAGUUUUCGUGAUUUUCUUCUACGCAGGAGGUGUAGGUUGCAAUAUUUUUGACAAUUUCGCGAGGGCGUUCAGGCAACUACAUAGGAAAUUGUCAAAUCCUGCAGAUAUACACACUAUAUACACGUGUAGGAGCGAAACGCUUGUCGGAAAAUUCAAUGUAAAAUAUAAUGACCACAGCCGCUGUGCUGCACAGACUUGGCCGGGUGACAACACGUUUCACGCGUGUGAAUCGGACAAAAUUGGUCAGUCGAUCGUAUUUAUAGGUGUACCUCGCCUAUCGUUUUUGCUGCGGCGAUAACAACAUACAAUUAUUAUUAUAUUUUUACGGCGACGGCGAUAACCCCGCACGAAAGCAAAAAAAAACCGCAACUCCCGAUUUCGAUUUCCGUAUACCUAUAACCGUUUCGCUUGUGGGGAGAGAGAGAAAAAAGAAAAGAAAUCGCCCGUAAAUUAUCCCAUACGUCGUCGUAAUAUAAUAACGAUAGUAAUAAUGUAAUGGUCGCGGCCGGUAACGUGUAAGUGUGAGGAAGAUAACCGCAAUGUUUUUGUCUGGAUAAAAGAUAACAAGCAUAAUGGAUGAAUUAAUCGGCCGUCCGAGACACAAAAUAAUGCGCCAUUUUCGAUAAAACGAGAUUAUUUAUCGUGCACUUCGUUUCUCUGAAGACGGAUCAUUCACGUGUUCCGCACAGAAACUACGUAAGACACUAGCCUUUAGGGUUGAUGGCGCUGAAUAAAAAUAUUAUUUGUUUAAGAGGAAAAAAUUUAGUCGAUUCAAAAUAUAUUAUUGUUUAAUAUUUAGAAUAAUAUGUAUAAUAGGUAAAAAAAAAAAAAAAAUGUUCGAAGAUGAUAAUAAAAUUACGAGUUAAUUACUAGUUACUAUGGGUAUUACGCUAAUACCUAUACUUACAAUAUACCUAUUCCGAGUCCCGUUAAAACAGCUCCGUAAACUGUUGGUUUUAUAAUCUACCGGUUCUGUGAAAUUACAAUGAUCGAAAAGAUUACGUUUCGCGAAAUUCUUUUAGUAUUAAACAUCCGUGAAAAUUAUGUUAGGUGUUUACGGUUAAUGGUUAGCAGUUAUAACCAUUAGGUGUAAAAAAAAACUUCGCUCAGAAUUAAUAAUAUAUUCUGAGCGAAGUUUUACUGCCUAUGUAUUUGUGUGUGUGUGUGUGUGUGUGUUUACAUCAGUAAACAACUUUUUUACCAGAUAACUUUCUCGGUAUUAUAUUACACGGUUUUUGAUGGCGCAUUGAGGAAGUAAUUUUUUGUUGUUCCUUAUAAUUGUAAUAAUACAUAGGAAAAACUGUUCAUUUCUGGGUCACCUUGGUAACAAAGAAACAAAUAUGACCGAUACUACUCUGUUCAGAAGACUUUCCCCAUAAAACAGUAAUAAGUAUGGGCAGUGUUUUUUAAUUUGUAUUUAUUUUUGAACAAAGAUAUCAAGAAUCCAGCAUCUAAACUGUCCGUACCAUCCGUUUCUAGUUUUUAUAGAAUAUUAUUUAUAAUAUGUUUGUUCCGUUCAUGACAAGUAUGAAUAUUAAAUGGAUAUUUUUAAAUGCUAAAAAAAUAAAUAUAAUUCUAUCUAAACAGCGGCGGAAAAAUGAUCAACUUUACGUGUGGUAUUUCUUGACUUUUAAACAUUUAGCGAACAUAUUAUUACGUACAGCCGAUACCUAAUCGGGAAACGAGGACGGGGGGGGGGAUGGGAGGAGGAAUUUAAUAUCAUAAUACAAAUAUAAACUUUCUUUUUUUUUUUCUCUGUGUAUGCGUGUACACCCAGGCGGUAGCGCAAUACAACAAGGUGAUCGGACACGGGCGCGCGAAGCAACCGACGGCCGAAGACGAACUGUUCGACACGGCGAACGAUGACGAAGACGUGGGCGGCGGCGGCGGCGGCGGCGGCGGCGGCGGUGCCGCUGGUGGCGGUGGCGGUAGCGGUGGUUACGGGGUCGGCGACGGCGAGCUAUCUCUGGAAGAGGGCGGCGGCUACGGCGGCUAUCGGUUCGGCGAGGGCUACAGGCUGGCCAUGGGUUCGGCGGCGGACGGCCGCGGAUUUUUGCCGUCCCGAGGCCUGGACGACGACGAGGCGGACGAGUUCAGAGAGUCGCCGGACAGUGCCGAUUACUCGGUCGAGAGCAGGGCCUACAGCCCUUACUUGAACUUCUGAUCCGACGCGACCGCGGUUGACAGGUAAAAAUAGUAUCUCCGUUCGUCGACGGUUAUUAGUAGAACAAUGUUAUAGUAUUGAUUAUAUUAACAUUAUUUUUUUUAUACUUAGUUUUCCGUUCAAUUUUUUUUUUUUUUACGCGUAUAUAAAUUAUUAUUUCUUUCAUUGUCAUAAUAUACGUAUUGUUGUUUUUUAUUUUAUACAUAUAUAUAUAUAUAUUUUUUUUUUUUUUGAAGUAAUAUAUAAAAAGUUUUAUAAUAACUAAAAGAGCGUUCAUAAUUGCUUCUCCUCUUAUUUGUAAAAAACCAACAGGGUUUCAGACUAAAAUGUCAAUUUCCACUAAUGUUCUAUUAUAUCAUUCAAAAAUACUUAAAGCCUUUGAUAAGGUUCAACAUCACCAACUUCUCAAAAAAAUAUCUACAUUUGGAAUUCAUCGAAAUUUUUUAAAUUGAUUAUGGUCCUAUUUAGCUUGUCGGACUCGAGCAGUAAAAGUGUCACAUUGUAUCUCCACCUAGUACUCAGUUAGUUCUGGUGUACUUCAGGGUUCCCAUUUAGGUCACCUUUUACCCAAUAACUUACCCUUUAUAUUUGAUAACACGGUCGAUAUUCGUUUUAAUUAGAUUAUUGGAUUUUGUAUUGAUGCAGCCCCAUCGACAUCGGAAUCCGGCAGUCCGGAAGACAUAAAUAAUGACGAUAAGUGCUACGAAAUAUUAGACCGCGUUGAUGUUAAAAAUGCAAUAAACGAUAACCGCAUCGUACGCCGACCGCUGAAAGCAUGGACAUGGCAUGUACAGAUGCGGUUAGGUAGGUAGGUGGGUGGGUGGGUCCCCCCUGGCGGCGUCGGAUAUGGUGUUGGAAAUAUAAUAAAAUUAUAUUUAUUUAAAAUUUGCUAAGGAUAGUAUGGAAAAAAAAUACAAACUAUAAUAAUACAAUAUUGUUCGAAACGAUGUUCCAAUGAACUAAUAAAGAGAAAAAAAAACAACGGAUUCAAUUUUUUAAUAUAAGACUUAAGAAACGGUGCGGCUUCCCAACGGUAAGUGCGUAAUCGAUCGGCGAAAAGACUAUCGUUACAUAUCGAUAAAUAAUUAUUCGUUAACAUUAUAAUUGGCGGGCCUUGUAAAGGUUGAUCUCCUUUAUAUUUAACGUGAACCCGUGUGGUAUCCCCCCCUAAUAACUCCUUCAUAUUUUCAAUGUGGUGUUGUUCGUAAUUUGGUUCGUUCCAAAUAACCAACCUUUUUCCCGCCCUGGUGGCCCAAGUGAAAUUGUUAUUUUUAUUCGCCGUGCCGAACAUACCGUAAUUUAAGAAAUACGAGGCGACGGCGUCAAAAAAAAAAAAAAAAAAAUUCUUCCCCGCAGACGGCGGACUAUAGAUACACAUCGAAUUAAAUUUAGGAAUUUUGUUUUAUCGAUAAUAUAAUAUAAAGUCGUAAGAAAAUCAACAAUACGAUUUGUAUUAUUUUGAAAUCGGUAUGACAAUAAUUCGUUAGCGAUAUCUACCGAUUUUUCUACGGCGAAAUAUAAAUUGGAAAACGAUCGUGAAUAAGCGUUGAAAUACGGUUUUACACCGAUACAUACGACGUAUUGUAAUACGUAUUAAAAUCGAAAAUGUCCCGACCGUACACCAGUUUCUUAAUUUAAUGCGAACGAUUUUAUCGGCCUCGUCGUAUUUAUUCAAUACGGGGUUUAAAUAAAACUCUUUUAUAUUUACAAAUGCCCGAUGGUGGGCAAUAUAGUUGGAUAAUAUUUAAAUAGGUCGUCGAAUGUCAUUGGAAAAUCGACGUUGACGUUGUUUCCGUUUUCCGAUUUGAUUGUUGGCUUACGAGCUCCAAUAUGCCCCCGGCUACCCGCAUCGCUCCGUCGAAACGCGGACUGUGAGACGAGAACGUCCCGAGGGCCCUGGUGGAAGCAUGCCUCCCACCAGUCCUUUUUUGGCGCAUACUGGAUCUCGGUUUUGCUAAAAUAAUCGUAAGUUUUUUUAUUAUAAAUACAAAUAGGACUUAACGUUUUUAUGAACACUUACGGAAAGAUUUCUAAUUUGAUUACAUAAUCCGACAUAUCGGCACGGUCGCUGUACACUUCUUUUGCGACGUGUCGGUCUGAACGGAAAUAUCUAACGAUGUUGGUCCAGUCAUCGGAGUCGAGGUUGCACGCAUAAACGCGUCUUCGAAAGCGGCGGCGUUUAUAUUGUCGGAAAUAGCGACUUCGCUGGAGCCAGGCGCAACGACAAGCGUUGCUUGUCUGGCGACAGACGUGGGCGACGUGGACACGAUCGCCGUGUUCGCAGACGACGACGAACUCUUUACGGACAACGUAUCGGAGAUGGGCGCCGAGUUCUUCUGAUUCGUCGAACAGUCCACAUGUAUAACUCCGACGAAUCGGACGUCGAACGCGGCGAAAGUAGCAAUAAAAAGAAAUAUUCACCAAGCCCAACAAAAUCUGGAAUUACGUUGUACGGCUCCGAUACCGAAACGGAUGAAAAAAUCGAAAUCGGUUCGCCAGGAAUUGUCCGAUCCGAAACUAGUGAAGACGAAUUUGGAUGCUCAGAUGACGACAACAAAAACGAUGGACAAAGGGGCCCAACGGACCCAGGAGAUGUUGACUCACCCUUUUACGCGCUUGGCGCAAUGGGUGAAAAUGAAUCUCUCGCAAAGUUUGCGGGAUUCGAUGAAUUUUUUCGACACGAUGGAAAUCAUAUACAAUCUGACCCCCAGGACAGCGAUACCUGUAUCCUGCAUGAGUUGGAUUCUUAA